CAUGUCCCGGGCUUCAAGGGACGUGUGGGAUUUAUUACCUCAAUGAGUGAACACUUCUGUGGCACGUGCAACCAUUUACAGAUAACAGCUGAUGGCAAUUUGGAGGUGUGUCUCUUUGGGAAUUCAGAGAUAUCUCUCAGAGAUGCAAUACGAAGCAAAUGCAGUGAGGAUGACUUGCUUGCCAUGAUUGGGGCAGCAGUGAGAAGAAAGAAGAAACAACAUGGAGGCAUGCUGAACCUGUCAAAGAUGAAGAAUCGGCCAAUGAUUCUUAUUGGAGGAUAA